GAGGGACAUACUGUACAGUACAGUAAGUAAGAGGGGGCAAGGACAAAGUCCCUCCCAGGCUGGCUCACAUGAUAGAGAUUACAGCAGAGGAGGAGCGUCCGCGGCGUUGAGAUGCUGAACACAGUGAGGAACAUUUGGGGGGAUUUGUGCAUAUCAUCUCUCUCCUCUUUGACGAGCAGCUCCUCUUCUUCUUCGCAGGGCUUGCACCGGGGAGCAUAAAGGGGAAAAAUGGCAGCAGUGUGGUGUUUGUGUGCAGGUAUGGGGGUGACACGUUGGUGCAGGCUGGGCGUGGCCAUCCUGCUGCUGGUGUCGCAGAUCAUCAUCAGCCAGCUGUGCAGGUCCUUCAUCAUGCUGGUGGACGCCUUCCACACGCUCUUCAUCCUCAUGCACGUGGCUCUUCCACGCCCGCAACCGAGGCCCUGCGAUCCCCCCGGCGCUCCGCGGCCCCUCGCAGCAUCUUCAGCGUCGACCUCUCAUGGCCUCCGCUCAUGUGCUUCCCCUCCUGGGCCUGCGGUGUGUCUCAUGUCCCAUACUGACAAAAGGACUGGGCCUGUGGGGGCCUUCAUCUCAGCUCUGCUGCUGGCCUCCCUUUGUGUCGCCUGCUUGAUGGAUGUCAUCAGCUUCCCCCUGGACACCCACCCUGUGGAGAGGCCCUCGCUGCUGGUGGCGGUGGGCGUGGUCAGUCUGUUGCACAACGUGACGGCGCUCUGGCUGACCUGGAAGCAGCAGCAGGGGGGCCAGCCUGAGCCUGAAUGUUACAUUGAAGUCAACCACAAAGCCUUGGCUCAGGAGGACUCCAAAGACAAGGCCGAGCCACGUGAAGACAGCAGAGCUCAGCCUGCGUUGGAGCGCUGCAACGGGGAGCUAGUCGUCUGUAACCCGGCAACCUCCAGCGUGCCAGAUGGAGGGACGCAUCUCCAGGAUGGAGCGGAGGAGGAGAAAGAGGCGGCGACGUCCCGCAAACUGGAGAGUCUGUCUGCAGAUGCAAAAAAAGACAAUGGAUGUCUCGAUAACUCUUGUGCAGUUGGCACACCAUUACGUGUCCCCGGCAGCAGACGGCCUCUCUGUCCAUCUUUGUGGGUCUGCCUCGUGCAGGGUCUGUCCACUCCAGCCCUGGUUCUGAUCACCAGCCUGGUGUUGCUCCUGGCGGGCCCCAUGGACCUCCUGGUCUACUUGGAUCCAGGCCUCGCCAGCUUGGCUGUCACGAUACUGGUGGCCAGAGUUGCACCACAGAUGCGCAGGUAUGGACUGAUGCUGAUGCAGGCCACGCCUCCACACGUGUGCGUGUCUGAUGUCAGGCUGCAGAUCGGGAGUGUGCCAGGAGUUGAAGCGGUGCACGAGCUCCACAUUUGGGAGCUGGCCGAUUCCGUCGUCGUGGCAUCGGUCCAUGUGCACUGUCACGCGGCCUUUGCGGCACACAGGUGUGCUGACCUGAUGUCAGGGGUCACCAAGGUGCUACAGAGUGUGGGGGUGACCUGCUGCACCGUCCAGCCAGAGUUUGCCCCCACUGCCAUCCUCAAAGGUCAGCCCUGCUCACCCCCAGCCUUGGCAUGCAGCAUGUCCUGUGGUAAGGUCUGUGCUGGACACAUGUGCUGCCCUCUGCCUGAAGUCCAGGACUGCACAGGCUUGGUGGCACCACCAACUGAAGACCAGUAACAGCAGACACACACGUGCAUUGAAGGAAAAAGUGUCUACACAUUUAUAAAAAAAAAAACAAACUGUACUGUAUACUACUCAGUAUAGUACACAUGAACUAAACUAAAGAGUGUUUUUGUAACUUGUACUGUACUGUGAUGCAUAUUCUGUAUGCCCAACAGUCGUUGGGCAGUUUGUUAUUUAAGGAGCCAUUUCACCUUGAAGCACUUUGUAUGUGUACUCCUCAAAUAAACAAAACUGUACAUGUGGACAAAAAAUAAAGUGCAUUUGUGGGUU